CCACCUUUGCUUAUUUACUGGGUUCCAUGUAAAGUGUGUAAAAGAAGAGUGGUGUGUGUGGUGGAAAAGCGGUUCAAAGAAAAUUUUAGCGUGUUUGACGGUGAAAAUAAAUAAUUUAGAAGAAUUUCCCCGUGUUUAGUGUGCUGCAGGUGGUGUGAACUUUCUAAAAAAUACACCUCUUGUGUAUUUUUGAAGUAAAGUUUGGCGUAACGUUGCGGGAGAAGAAGAAAACGAGCGGCCGAAGACGCGCAGAUUUGUUUUACACGAAAUUGGGCAAAAAAUCAGGAUUCUGCAAUGAUUAAGAAGGAUAAACCUCUGCUGUAUGAUCCCAAUAUCAUCACUAGGGUGAAACAGUAUUUGGAGGAUAAUGUGCACCAGACCUAUGUUGAUGUGGCUGUUAUGGCCCAAGAUCUCCAGGAUAAAUACAAAGAGUACAACAAACGAAAAGCCGGAGCUUUCCGGAUUCAAGUUGAGCAAGCCUAUAAAACAGUUUUGCACAGUUACGGCUUGGACAGUAAUCCCAGCAGUGACGAGGAGGGGGAUGUCAAUUCGGAUUUGGAAUUAAUGGAUGAUGCACAAUCAAAAGGGAGCGAUCCCAUGAAUGAUGCCCUUCAGUCGCUCUAUAUGAAUAACAAAGGGAACAAACGUGCUCCUGCCACUGCAGUCUCCCAGGGGGAAUCCAUAAACAUCAGCAGCGAUGAGAGUGGAGACGAAGGGGCGGCAAAAAAGCAUCCAAUUCUCAGCAAAGUCACUCCGGAUAUUAUUGUGACGAAGAUUCAGAAGCAAAUGGAUGCUGCUGCUUUAAAGACUCCGCCCUCUGUUGCAAAACCCGCAGAUGUGGAGCCUGUGGCGAAGAAGCGAAAGAUUGAUGGCCCGGCUGAGUUGAAGAAGGAUGCCAAAGUGGAUACAAAGACAGCGGAGAAGGAUGAAGCACGUCCAGAGCCACCACCAGCUGAGAUUCCAACAGACGCUCAGGCUGCAAAGGGGCGCAAAGGGAAGAAAGACGCACCGGCAAAGUCAUCAACAGUUAAAUUUGCCAAUUUUGGUGGCAAUGAGAAGAUUCUCGACGAAAUCUGGAAAGUUCUGCUGUACUUUAAGCGCCCCAAGCUGUAUCGGCACAUUGGGAAGACACCCCCAAAGGGGCUCCUUCUGCACGGACCACCUGGAUCGGGGAAAACUCUCCUCGCACACGCAAUUGCCGGGCAACUCAAAGUUCCAAUUGUCGAAGUAGCUGCUACGGAGUUAGUUACGGGCAUUUCCGGGGAUUCUGAAAAACAUAUUCGUCGUAUUUUCGAUCAAGUUGUCAACAUGACUCCGUGCGUGCUGUUCAUCGAUGAGAUCGACGUGAUUUCGUCGCACAGGAAUAAUGCGCAAAAGGACAUGGAGCGUCGUAUUGUGACCCAGCUGAUUUUCAGCAUGGAUAGCCUGGAGAAGGUGCCCAAUGGGGAUCAAGUGUUGGUUAUUGGGGCAACAAGUCGCGUUGAGGCACUGGAUCCAUCCCUCCGGCGUGGGGGGCGCUUUGACUGGGAGAUUUGCUUGGGGAUUCCCGAUCGGGAGGCACGAGCGGAUAUUUUGCGUGUAAUCUGCGACAAGAUGCCGCUGGAGCGUCCCUUUGACUUUGACGCCCUGGCUGCCCUGACGCCGGGCUUUGUGGGUGUGGAUCUGGAGACGUUGACCAUGACAGCUGCCAGUGUGGCCUUCAUGAAGCUAAUCCUCGCCAAGGAUGGUAAAGCAUUACUGGAGAAGUAUUCCAAGACGCACGAAAGGCAAACUGUGCCCGUUGUUGAUUUGGAUGAAGAUCCCAUUCUCAUGGAAACAGAUGAUGUGUCCUCAUCCACGCGGGCAGACAAGCAAGAUGGGGAUCCGGAGAUUGUAAUUGAUGAUGAUGACGUUCCGGAGAAGUCAAAUCAAGCGGAGAAAGAGGCGGAGAAGAAGCCGGAGGAGGUUAUAAAGGAGAAUGGAAGUGCUGAAGUGAUUCCGGAGAAAACAGAAGAGGAGAAGAAAGAUGAACCAAUGGAUACAGCUGAAGAAAUUCCUCCGGAAACGGCAAAAAUCCCCGAAGAUGGGCAGGAAGUGGUGCCAGCUGCAGUGAAGCAAGUAGAUGAGAAAGUUGAAGAGAAGAACACGCCGGAAGAGCCAAAAGAGGUGCAGGAGAAGGUGCCAGAGGAGAAGGAGGAGCCACAGAUUGUGGAGGAGAAGAAGCAGGAUAUUGAGGAGAAUGGGGAUGUGACAAUUGUCUCAGGGGAGGGAGCAACAAUUGACAUCACCGAGUCGCCCAAGAAAUCCCUUCCGGAACACACACAGAAGCCCCAGAAGCAGCAGAAUUCUGCGGAAUCCCUCGCGGAGAGUUUGCUGAAAGAUCCCAAAUUUCUCCUUCAGCUCUCCCUGGAUGAGAAGCUGAAUCUCCUGGAAAAGGACACGGAGAUUACAGAGACAGAUCUCGAGAAUUUCUGCAUUAGUAUGGAUGACUUCCGUGAGGCGCUGAAGACAACACAGCCCGUGGCGAAGCGUGAGGGCUUCAUAACGGUGCCCGAUGUUACGUGGCAGGAUAUUGGAUCACUCUGGGACAUUCGGAAGCAGCUGAAGCUUGCCGUGACGUCAUCGGUGAAGUGCCCGAAAUUGAUGAAGGCGUUAAAGUUGGAACCAUCAUGCGGGGUACUCCUCUGUGGGCCACCUGGAUGCGGGAAGACCCUCCUGGCAAAGGCUGUGGCCAAUGAGGUGGGAAUUAAUUUCAUCUCAGUCAAGGGUCCGGAGUUGCUGAACAUGUACGUGGGUGAGAGUGAACGGGCGGUACGUCAGUGCUUCCUGCGUGCUCGAUAUUCCGCUCCGUGUGUCAUCUUCUUCGAUGAAUUCGACGCUUUGUGCCCGAAGCGCUCCAGCCGGACGGAGAACACGGGGGCGACACGAGUUGUUAAUCAGCUCCUCACAGAAAUGGACGGAAUGGAGGACAGGAAGGGUGUCUUCGUUCUCGCAGCCACAAACAGGCCAGAUAUGAUUGAUUCAGCCGUCCUGCGACCGGGACGUUUUGACAAGAUACUCUUUGUUAGCAUUCCAAGGAGCAACGAUCGCUGUGACAUCCUCAAGGCACUGACAAAGAAUGGCACAGAACCUCGUCUUGCGGAGGAUGUGGAUCUAGAGGAGUUGGCUGUGCUCACGGAAGGGUACACUGGAGCUGAUUUGGCGGGAUUGCUGCGACAGGCUGCAAUGAAGGCACUUGAGGAAUAUCUGCUUAUUACCACGGAUGAUUCGGAUGACAUUAAAGUGACCAAGAAGAACUUUCUGCAAGCUCUAGAUGAAACCAAACCAUCUGUGUCGUCAGAGGAACUUGAAAAAUACGAAAAGCUCAGGAUUCAAUAUUCAUCUCAAUCUGGAUAAGGUGGGUGGCCAUAUAAUGUGAAGGAAUGUGGAUGAUUUAAUACAAAAACAAAAAGAAAUUUUAUUGUAAAAUGAAGAUGAAGAGAUCUUUAGGAUUUCGUGAGAGAAUUAACUUUGCGUAAGAACAUGAAAUUUUGUUGAUUCAAUGUGAAUUAAAUACGAAAUACUGUAGACAAAAAAAUAUUGAAUAAAAUGAUUCAUUUGGUAUUUCUCAAA